AUGAGCAUAACAAAACAGAGAAGUCAACAACAACAACAGGGUCAAAAAGGAAAUGAUAAUGAUGAUAAUGAGAAAGAAAAUGGUGGUCGAAAUCGUAAAUCUAGAUGGGAUCCAGUUGACAAGUAUGUUCCAGCUGUAGUACUAGAGGAUGAAUAUAUUCCAACUUCUAAGGAGCUACUGCAGAGUGCAAUAAAGGAGUCACUUCCAUCACCAGCAUUGAGUGCUAUUUCAAAAUCGAGUUCCACAUCAUCCUCUUCGCCCUCACCAUCGUCCUCACCAUCGUCGUCCUCAUCAUCAUCAUCAUCAUCAAGCCAAUCGAAUUCAACACGAAACCUUUCAAUUCCGCAUGUUCCAACACCGAGAGCCUCGACAUCGAAUAAUUCAGCGCCAAAUAUUCCAACACCGAGAGCCUCGACAUCGAAUAAUUUAGCGCCAAAUAUCUCAACACCGAGAGCCUCAACAUCGAAUAAUCCAGCGCCAAAUAUUCCAACACCGAGAGCCUCAACAUCAAAUAAAUCAGCGCCAAAUAUUCCAACACCGAGAGCCUCGACAUCGAAUAAUUCAGCGCCAAAUAUCUCAACACCAAGAGCCUCAACAUCAUCAACUUCGAAAACAAUUUGA